AUCCCGGGCCCUUCAACGUCAAAGAGCACGUUCUCAUCACCUACUACGUGGUGUUCUCCCCCGUCGUGCCUCAUCAUCGCCGUCAAUGUGCAGAGUCCUCUGCUCUUCUUCUUCGCACUGGUGGUCAUUUUCCUGCUCUUCGUCGUCAUCCAUGUCUACAUCACCGCCCUAUGGCACCUCACAAGUGUAGUGUCGGUGCUGGAGCCGGUGUACGGGUUCGCGACAAUGAAGAAGAGCUAUGAGUUGUUGAAGGGGAAGACGAGGAUGGCGGCAGCGCUGGUGUUCGUGUACCUCGUGAUCUGUGGAGUCAUAAGCGGGGUCUUCGGGGCAGUGGUGGUUCACGGCGGGGAAAUGUAUGGGGUGUUUUUUAGGAUUGUGGUUGGUGGGUUUUUGGUUGGGGUUUUGGUGAUUGUGAAUUUGAUUGGGUUGCUGGUUCAAAGCGUGUUCUACUAUGUAUGCAAGAGCUACCACCAUCAGGGUAUCGAUAAAAGCGCUUUGCUCGAUCGUCUUGGUGGGUAUCUUAGGGAGUAUGUGCCUCUCAAGAGCAGCAUUCAGAUGGAAAACUUGGAGGUAUUGACUGUAGGCUUGGUGAUUAUGGUGGGUAUAGUGGCAGUGGCAGUGAACUUGAGGCCACGUGUGAUCACCCACUUCCUCUUCCCGUGAUUUUCAAAUUAAUUUUCCUCAACAUCAUUUUAUUAAUAAUUCCUCCAAUUGUUUUUU